AUGUCUCGCAACAUUCGCAGAAUGGCUACCGCCCCCAAGCGCCCCAAGCGCCGAGACUCUGACACCACCUCCGCAUCCUCCUUUGAUCUUUCAGAUGACGAUGGUUACUCUGCCGUCGAAGACAUUAGCGAUUCCGAAGACGAUGACGAGGACGAUGUCGAUGCGGUCGAGGAGGAGAAUAUUCGCACAGAAGCUGUUACAGUCCCUCUGACCUCCCCUCGACCGCCCACUGACGACGGCAACGACGAAGAAGACGAUGAUGAAGAAGUCUCUGAUCAAGAAGUGGAAAUUGAACUCGACGUUUCAGUCAAUGGUAACGCCGAUUUUGAGGAUGCCGACGAGCGUACCAGCUGGGCCGGCAUUGUCUCCGAUGCCGAUGACAAUCAAGUCUCUGACUUUUACAACGACGCCAGCGCCUUUGCCUUGGACACAGCUGUCGAGCGUCACGUUCAUUUCGACGUCCCCUCCAGCGAUUCUGACUCGACCGACACUGAAGAUGAUGACCACAACGACCUCUUUCCCGACAUCUUCGUCUCCCAAAAUUCUCUGGAUCCCGCUUUCCGCAAAGAGAUUGAAAACGACCCUGACGAGGGCUCCUCCGACUCUGGUACCUUUUGGGACUAUUCUGGCCACCAUCACGUCGAAGAGGAAUCCGACGCUGAGGAUGUUAUUGGACAGCUCGCCGACGACGACACUCCCACCGCCACUCCCCACAUCCAGCACAUCAAGGACGAGGACACGGAAUCCAUCUAUGCCAAUGAACAAGACCUUGACGGCUAUGAAACCGAUGGCGACACAACUGAAGAAGACACGCCAGAGCCUCCUGUACGCAGGAAGACCAGGCGUCCCUCUGUGGCCAUUAGUGAAAUGACCGAUUCCGAGUCGGAGCCUGUAAAGAACCAGCGUGGCCAGCCCCGCGUCGGCCGCUUCAAAUUGGACCGUUCCGACAAGAAGCCCAUUGCCGUCUUGAACCCCCUCACCCGCAAAAUGAUGAUCUUCACCCCUCACCGCCGCCACCAUCUCGACCUGUCCCCCGAGCAGUUCAACUUUUCCUGGCCGAUCGAGGACCAAAAUACGCCUCUGCUUAGCAACUCUGCCAAUAUGAUGCUGAGUACAAUGCUCGCCUCCAACACCUUUGGCGACUUUGUCAAUCCCCAGACCCUUGGUCCCGCAGAUGACUUUUUUCCCUUUCCCCCGGAGGGUGUCGGCAUGGAGGGCAGCUCCUCUAGCAUAGAAGGUGAAGACGACGAUGCCGAAAAGAAUCUCGACAUUAGUGACUUUAUCACCUGGGACGAGGGUGACUCGUCGGGCGAGGAAAACGAAAAUGGCAACUGGCAGCCGUCAUCCACUCCUGCACGCCCCACGACAGCGUCUAGCGAAGUCGAUGUCCUCUCACACCUCAACUCGGAAACGGUCGGUGCUUUCCGUCGCAACCAGAUUAACCAGCAGUUGAUCUUAAGCAACCAGGCCACGCAGGACUCGCUGGCCUUUAGCGGGCCCUACAACUACACCGCCCUUCGCGGCCUCAAGUCGGACCGCUUCGAGACGGCUGCCAUUCCCCUGACGCCUGUUCGCCGCCACAAGAAGCACAUGAGUGACAUGGCCCGCAGCCCGCUCGAGAAGGCGUCGGCUAAGCGCAAAGCAUCGGGUGAGCAUACUAGCAACAACCACAAGCGACACCGCAGCAUCUCGGAUGUCAAUAUGCUACGAAUCUAA